GGGCCUGCGUCGCGCCGCGGGCACGUCGCCGCGCGUCCUCAGUAUUUAAUGUCUCUGUGUUCCACCGGCCUGGGCGAGCACGUGGGGGAGCUGCGGAAGCCUGGCGCUGCGGGCCGGGCCGCGGGGUACAGCCGGGGGCCGGCGGCGGCGCGCGGACUCCGGACCCCGCACCCCGACAGUCGCCGAGAGCUGAGCUUUGAAGAGCAGGCAGCUUGUCCUGGAGAGCUGGCCCUGGAGAGCUGGCCCUGGAGUUCCCCCAGGUCACUCCUUCCUCAUCUUACCUGUGUAAUUACUUCAGACCUCCAGCAUGGCAAUCCAGUUCCGUUCGCUCUUCCCCUUGGCGUUGCCUGGGAUGCUGGUGCUCCUUGGCUGGUGGUGGUUUUUCUCUCGUAAAAAAGGCCAUGUCAGCAGCCAUGAUGAGCAGGUGGAGGCUGGUGCUGUGCAGCUGAGGGCUGACCCUGCCAUCAGGGAACCUCUCCCCAUGGAAGAUGUCCAUCCCAAAGUAGCAUCCACACCCCCCAGUGUCACACAACCACCAGAAAAGGAGCCGUCCGCCUUGAACAAGCUGCCUGCAGAGCCCCCAGCAUUGCUGCGGACACAUCCACCUUGCCGAAAAUCGGAGUCCUCGGGCAGCCUUCCUAACACCACAGACAUGAGAUCGCGACCAGGAACACGCAGAGACGACAGUGCAAAGCUGGAGCUAGCCCUGACAGGUGGCGAAGCCAAGUCAAUUCCUCUAGAGUGCCCCCUUUCAUCUGCAAAGGGUCUACUAUUCCCCCACGAAGCAACUAAGGUGUGUAAGCAAGAGUCCCCGUUCAGCAGGGUGCCAGGGAGGGGCCAGUCAGGCCACCCUGCAACCCCUGCACAGAAGCAUGGCUCUGGAGAGAGGGCAAGAGAGACUGGUGGGGCCGAAGGGACCGGUGAUGCUGUGUUGGGGGAAAAUGUGCUUGAAGAAGGUCUGUUGUCUCAGGAGCAUGUCUUAGAAUUGGAGAACAGCAAGGCCUCCAGCCUGGCCCCUUCAGCAGGGGAAGAAGAGAAGGGGAAGAGCAGCCCACCCCAGGUGGUGGAGCUGGUGCAGAAGGAAGCGUAUGUAGCAGAGAAGUUGCCAAGUAGCCUCGUGGAGUUGGCUCACACAGAGCUGGUGAAGGGCGAUGAGGUGCCAGCACCCCCAGUCAGAGACGGCAAAGUCCAGGAGAGAGAUGUCGAGGGGGAACUGGGCAAUGAGGAGAGCUUGGAUAGAAAUGAGAAGAUUGAGCAGGCUGCCUUCCAGAUAAUCUCCCAAGUGAUCUCUGAAGCAACCGAACAGGUGCUGGCCACCACGGUGAGUGAGGUUGCAGGUCAUGUGCAUCAGGCCUCGGCCAGUCAACUCCAAGGACAGAAGGAAGAGAGCUGUGUCCUAAUUCACCAGAAAACUGUCUUGGGCCCAGACACUGCAGAGCCUGCCGCAGCAGAGGCAGCUGCUGCCCCGUUGGAUGCUGCCCUCCUGUCACCAGACCUCCCGGCAGAGGACUCACCACCACCAAAGACCUAUGUGAGCUGUCUGAGCAGCUCUCUGUCCAGCCCCACCAAGGACAGUAAGCCAAAGAAUUCUGCACACCACAUCUCCCUGGCCCCCUGCCCGCCACCGACUACCCCCGGUGGAGAGUCGCCGGACGGGGUGAGCAUUCUGGUGGAAGAUGCCACCUGUGUCACCUGCAUGUCAGACAGUAGCCAAGAUGUCCCUUUGGUGGCUUCCCCAGGACACUGCUCAGAUUCUCUUAGCACUUCAGGGAUUGAAGACUCUUGCACAGAGACCAGCUCAAGCCCCAGGGACAAAGCUAUCACCCCACCACUGCCAGAAAGUACUGUGCCCUUCAGCAAUGGGGUGCUGAAAGAGGAGUUGUCAGAUUUGGGGGCUGAGGAUGGAUGGACCGUGGAUGCAGAAGCAGAUCAUUCAGGAGGUUCGGACAGGAACAGCAUGGAUUCCGUGGAUAGCUGUUGUGGUCUCAAGAAGACUGAGAGCGUCCAGAAUGCCCAGGCAGGCUCCAACCCUAAGAAGGUCGACCUCAUCAUCUGGGAGAUCGAGGUGCCAAAGCACUUAGUCGGUCGGCUAAUAGGCAAGCAGGGGCGGUAUGUGAGUUUUCUGAAGCAAACGUCUGGUGCCAAGAUCUACAUCUCAACCCUGCCUUACACCCAGAGUGUCCAGAUCUGCCACAUAGAAGGCUCUCAGCAUCAUGUAGACAAAGCACUGACCUUGAUUGGGAAGAAGUUCAAGGAGCUGAACCUCACCAAUAUCUACGCUCCCCCAUUGCCUUCGCUGGCGCUGCCUUCUCUGCCGAUGACAUCCUGGCUCAUGCUGCCUGAUGGCAUUACUGUGGAGGUCAUUGUGGUCAACCAGGUCAACGCCGGACACCUGUUUGUGCAGCAGCACACACACCCUACCUUCCACGCUCUGCGCAGCCUCGACCAGCAGAUGUACCUCUGCUACUCUCAGCCUGGAAUCCCCACCUUGCCCACGCCGGUGGAAAUAACAGUUAUCUGUGCCGCCCCUGGUGCGGAUGGGGCCUGGUGGCGAGCCCAGGUGGUGGCCUCCUACGAAGAGACCAACGAAGUGGAGAUUCGAUAUGUGGACUAUGGCGGAUAUAAGAGGGUGAAGGUAGACGUGCUCCGGCAAAUCAGGUCUGACUUUGUCACCCUGCCGUUUCAGGGAGCAGAAGUCCUUCUGGACAGCGUGAUGCCCCUGUCAGAUGAUGACCACUUUUCACCGGAGGCAGAUGCCGCCAUGAGCGAGAUGACAGGGAAUACAGCACUACUGGCUCAGGUGACAAGUUAUAGUCCAACUGGUCUUCCUCUGAUUCAGCUGUGGAGUGUGGUUGGAGAUGAAGUGGUGUUGAUAAACCGGUCCCUGGUGGAGCGAGGCCUUGCCCAGUGGGUAGACAGCUACUACGCAAGCCUUUGACCUCCGGUUCCCCAUGCUGCUUCCUGAGAGUCUUUUUUGCACUGUUGAAAUUAGGCUUGGCACUCAAGUCAAAGAUUAACAUCAGAAUAACAAACAUUGUCCUCUCCAGAAAGUCCUUUUUUCCUCCAUACUGUAGUCCUAUUGAGAAACCUUUCGUCUCUGAGAGAAAAGGAUGGAACUAUGGGGUUCUUCUCAAAGCCAAAGGAUAGUAUUUAACAGGCCAGCUGGCUGAUCCUGGUUCUCAGCUGUUUAAAAAAACAAAGGGAAUAGAAAUGGUCUCAACCAGAUUGUCCUUUUCCCCCGUUCCAUUCUCUUCUUCCUUCUGUAUCCUUCCCCAGCAAAAACCAAACAAACUGGUACCCAGGCCAGAGAUGUAUGUUGCUUGCUUGAGAGGGUUUCUUCUACUUCACAAUCUUUCUUCAGGGAGCAAGACAUGAACGGACUAAUUGGUAUCCACUACUUGUACAGCUUACAUACAUGAAUUGAUGACAUUUUAACCAGUUUUUAUAAACUUCAUCUAGGUCUCUAAACACAGACUUUUUAAACUGCAAAUGUAAAUACGAAAUGGUCAUCACACCUCCGACCUUGGUCAGUGUGGAGAGGGGGGAACUGGUAUCCUGCCAAGCCUGGUUGUAAUUUGUAACCAUUUUCUAUUUGUGCAAACUCUGUAAAUAUGUGUUUAAACAAAUGUAAUAUUUUGUACAAGAUACACUGGAGAACAAAGGGAACUCAAGAUUUUUCCAGCCACAUGUCACCUGUAAGUAGAAGUCAAUUCUGCAGUCAGCUGCCAACCUUGGUUCCUGUGGCCGGAGCCCCUGUGGCUUCCUGUGCAUUGGACGGGUGACUGUAGGGUAGAGACUGUGAUCUGAGAAUUUUUUGCUGUACAAAUCUGUUUAAAAAAAAAAAAAAAAAAAAGGAACUCAUUGAAUUAACUUGCAGUGGUGUGUUUGAUUCUUUUUUAGACUGGCUUCAGCAUUAUGCAGUUACUUAAGUAACUUACAUAAAUCUUCAAUUGUAUGAA